AGGUUCUCUCAAUGCCUGAUGGAAUGCCCGGAAGCAAGAGUGAACCUUACCUUCAUCCGCCCCAAUUAUAUUAGAAGGCUUCUAACUUCCUGGAAGCAUACAAAAGAACCCUCGAGAAAGAUCGUCGUCAUUGGACCUGUUGGUUCAGAAGUAUACAAGAUUGUUUUGGGUGCUGCAACAUUACUACUCUGGAUUCUGAAGUUCGUUGAUGGAAUUGGAAUAUGUGCAGCAACUAGAAACAAAGUGUUUGAAGGUGGUUCAGUUAGAGCAAGAACUCGUCAGAUCUAG